CAGACCAGCAAUAGCUUUUUCUAAAUAUAUUUUUAUUACAAUAAUAUGCCAGUAGUAAUGCCAAUGAGCUACAAUUUAAUUUAUCGAUAAAAAGCAUAAUAACAAGUUUAGGAAUUUCAUGGAGAUAGUUUUGAGUAUAAUUUUUUGGCUAUCAUGAACAUGAUAUCAAGAACCUAAUUAUUUAUAACACUACAAUUUCAAAUUUGUGUUUUUUACAUUAAUUUUGUGUUAUAUAUUAUAUUGUAUAUUGUAUUAUAUAUUAUACCUUGUACUUUAGAAACGUGACUAUCUAUAGAUAUCUAUGAAUAUGUUAUAAUAUUUGACAAUUUAACCUGUCUAAACCAUCAUUUAUAAAUCUUUAAUUAUAUUUAAAUUAUUAGUUAUAACUGUCAACAAAAAUUCUUUGUUUAUUUAAUGGACCCCACUAAUCAAGCAAUUGACAAAUUAUUUGAAUCCAAUAAGGAACAUCCUUUGAAAAGGGAUCUCGAUAUUUUCAAAAAAUUAUUCGAAAGAUUUAAGGCUGACCCCAAAACCCAAGUAGAAUGGGAUAAACUACAAACAUUACCUGAAGAAGCUAUAAUCGACUACACUACAUUAAAUACAGAACGUGACAAGAGUAUUGUGAAGAGUAUGCUACAAAAAAUUAUAAUAGUAAAAUUAAAUGGAGGUUUAGGAACUUCAAUGGGCUGUCGUGGCCCCAAAUCUAUUAUUCCCGUAAGAGAUGGUUUAACGUUUCUAGAUCUAACACUACAACAACUACAGGUCUUGAAUUGUGUUUUUGGUGUUAAUAUACCGUUGGUAUUAAUGAACUCCUUUAAUACACACGAAGAUACUUUAAAAAUUUUGAAAAAGUAUACAAAUUCCAAUGUUCAUAUAUUUACUUUUAACCAAUCUUGCCAUCCAAGAAUUCAUAAGGAAACCUUACUGCCAAUACCUACAACGUUGGACAUUCAAUCCAAUUUGGAUGCCUGGACUCCACCAGGACAUGGAGAUUUUUAUGUGAGUUUUAAGAACUCUGGUCUUUUGGAUAAAUUUCUUGCCAAAGGCAAAGAGUAUUGUUUUCUUUCGAAUGUUGAUAAUUUGGGUGCUACAGUAGACAUCAAUAUUGUUAAUUAUAUACUGGGUUCUUCCGAAUCCAAAUGUUUUGGACACGAAUGUGUUCUUGAAUUAACAAACAAAACUAGAGCUGACGUUAAAGGUGGUACUUUAAUUAAAUACGAAGAUAAAUUAAGAAUUUUGGAAAUAGCUCAAGUACCAAAAAAACAUGAAUCAGAAUUUAAAUCUGUGAAAAAGUUUAAGUUAUUUAACACUAACAAUUUAUGGAUCAAACUUGCUGCCAUUGACCGUCUUUUGAGCGAAGACAAACUUAAUUUAGAUAUUAUACAAAACAACAAAACUUUGCCGGACGGCACCCCAGUGAUACAGCUGGAAACUAUAGUGGGUGGUGCUUUGCAAUAUUUUGAAAAUGUCGUUUCAAUAAACGUACCUAGAUGUCGAUUUCUGCCGGUAAAAAAAUGUAAUGAUUUGUUAUUAGUAAUGAGCAAUUUAUAUACUAUGGAACACGGAUUCUUGAAAGUAUCGCCUGACAGAAUGUUUCCUGGAAUGCCAGAUAUUAAAUUGGAUGAUAAAUUUUUUUCUAAAGUGGAUGAAUUUUUGAAAAGGUUCGGAUCUAUACCAGAUAUGUUGGAUUUAGAUCAUCUUACAGUUAUGGGAGAUGUUGUCUUUGGAAAAAAUGUUUCGUUGAAGGGAACGAUUAUUAUAAUUGCCGACAAAAAUAAGAAAAUUGAAAUUCCUUCUGGUGCAGUUUUGGAAAAUAAAAUCAUUUUAGGAGAUCUACUUUUUAUGGAUUAUUGAAAGCACAAAGCUCAAUUUUAAAGAAUAUGAUUUUAAUUGGUGCAUUAAUUUUAAAAUAUCCAAAUAUUAUUGAACGUAACAUAUAUCAUUUUAUUUACAAAAAAAUCAGAUAUAUGAUAUAUAUUCUUUUUAAUUUUUGAAUUAAUUUGAAACACCAACAUUUGUGAAUGAGUGUUAGACGUUCUAGUCAACAGUAGUACGUAAAUUAAUAACUUAAGAAUCAUACCCAGUUAUUAUUCUUAGUUUAUAAUAAAUUGAUGGUAUUAACAUGGUAAAACAUAUAUUUUUUAUAAUAGUCUGUAUAUGAUGUACAAAUUGAUUCAGCAGAAAAAAAUAUUGGACUACUAAUAGUUACUUCAAAUGAACAACAAACGAUAAUUCCAAAUUAUUAAUAUAUUAUUAUUAAUAUAUA